GACAGGUCCAAACAAAUAAUGUAUUUAAAUUUUAAUCUGACUUUCUCGUACAUUUCAAUAAUAUAAGAUCUACAUAGUUAUAAUGCAAACUGCACAGCUUUGGCAGAACAACUCAACCCAAUCGUUAUCACUCAGCCACCUACUAAAAGCUUCGAGAUAGACCUCGUAAAUACAAGCGUAACAACUCAGCCAUGGCCAAAGUGUUCCGAUGGUUGUAAAACUGUGAACUGCAGCCUUCAUGUAUAAAGAAAACAAGUUGCCAGUUCUGCAUCUGUCAAAAUUUGUAGCAGGGCCAAUAACAGAAGUUAAUAACACUAAAGGGGUUUAAUUUAAGUCCUCUGCUGUCCUCUUGUCAGAUGACCAGUGAAUGCAGUUCUCCCACAGGGGUUGGGAAUUUUUUUAUCAACUACGCUACAGAUAUUCAGUUCAUUGAUGACAUUGACUGUGUAACUCUCAAACAGUGCUGUGUGAGUUUACAGAACUGCGAGGCAUCAGCUGUGUCUGAUGUAGACAAGUCUUAUUUUCCUAGAGCAUUUACUGACAUUGACAUCUUGGAAACAAAUUCUGAAGUAUCCAAUUCUAAGAUAGCUAAAGAUACAAAUGUUCACGCAGACAAUUUAAUCCUACCCGUUACUAACAGUACAGUAAACGCAGAACACAAAGAUAUACCAAAAGCAAACAUGGCUGAGCGACUUAACAAUGGAAGCGGUUUUCAACCUGAUGUCAUUGUGUCCACUUCUCAUCAGAGGGCAGGGCCAGACGGAAGCCCCUCCCUUAUGCCGCCUGCCUCUCGUGCAUAUGCUCCUUCCAUUCUGAGUGAGACUGAUAAUAUGUUUAAUCCAGUUAGGACACUCACUUUCUCUGACAUUGAUCAAAGUUCUCACAUUGAAGACAGUUCCAUUAACAACAGUAGACUGGUUUCCACUCCAAAGAAGGGUGACAUUACAAAGGGGACAAGCCUGUACGAUUAUAGCAGUAUGCAGUCAAGAAACUUUUAUUCAGUAGGAGGAGCCAACGGCAAUCAGGAUAAUGAUGGGAGUGAUUCUAGUGAUUCUGAUGAUUUAUUAAAUGGUGUAAGGGGAAAUAUUUCACCUGAGUUCAGGCAAUUAGAAGGAGAAGCAGAUAAUGAAAUGGGUAACACUGGACCCUUUCAUCCAUCGGCUCAUGGGCUAAGCAAGGAGUUCAUGGACCAGUUUGUUGGAAAAACAAGCAAUCCAGCUUAUGGUACAGGUAAUGACAUAUUUUCUCCUCUUGGAGCAAAUGCCUUUGAAGUAGCUGAAAGAAGAAUGCAAUGUUCUACCCCACCGUUGCAUUCACCUGGACCUAAUAGCCCUUACGCAAAAUAUGCCAAUGGUUCACCUGGUGUGACAAAAUCCCCAAGGUCUCCGUAUUAUAGACAGUCACCAAGAUCACCAAGAAAUAGACAGGAUUUCAAUGCGGAUGUUUCAUCACCAAACUUCAAUGCUGAUGUACCAUCACCCAGUAGUAGACCAGAUGUGAGACCGUUUAACAGAGAAGUUGUAGGUAAUGGAUAUGGGGCUAGCGAUCCUCAGUCAUUCAGUCAUGGUUUUUCACCCUCAAAUCCUAAUACUGUACAGAUAAGGGGACGACAGACACAUGCAAGCAAUGUUCAAGUUGUUAAACCUAAGACUCAUAGUCCAAAUAGUAAUUACACUUUUCAGCCUAUCGGAAAGCAGGCACCAGUUCCUGUUCCAAGAAAUAUUCCAAAGAAUCUUAAUGAAUACUUUGAGCAACAUGACAAGCAACAAUAUUAUCAGCCCCAACCUGGCGGUGCAUACAUGACUGUUGACAAUGAUGAAAGACAAUCCUAUGGUUUUGAACAUGAUGACCAAGACAAUGACCUUGACAUUCAAAGUCGCCAAGGCGAUGGAUCAGACAGUGAUGGUGAUGGUCCGCAAAGAUUUCAGCAAACAUUUGGAAAUCAUGCUGUCAGAAACACAGACGUACAUGAACAAUCCCACUCGCCCUCUCCGCCAAGACCUGUGCAGAGAACCCAAGUGUCUGUAAAACUCCCACAGGCCACUUAUGAUACCAUAUCAGCAAAUACUUCACAUGAUGAGAGAAAUGCUGGUCAGAGAUUUCACCUUCAACAACGGCGGAGUCCUAGUCAACCACCUGAUGUAGCCAUAACAAGGCAGGAUGACGAUAACGGAGGAGGCGAUACCUCAAAAACUGGUCAAGGGAAGGUGGAUUUACUUCAGAAUCAACCAGCUGGGGCUAGAAAUUAUGACCAGAAUAGUCACAUGGAGUACAACAGUAGGUCUAAUGUUCUGAAUAACGGCGGCCCUAUAAAAACUGCACAAGGAAUAAGUCACAAGGCAAAAGAUUUCGGGAAAGGGAAUUUUGUACCAUCAAAUGUAGAAAGAAAUAAUCAAGAGAGUUUUUCCCAGAGUGGUAUUCCUACAGCAUCAAAAGAUGAUGAGGAGAAUGAAGCUUAUGAAAAACCUUUCAAUCAGUCUGUCAAUCAGAGUUCUGCAAAAGCACCUAUAAGUCAAUCGCAAACUCAGGCUACUCAAAGAAAGCCCGUAACUGUUCAAGUUACCCAACCAAGCCAAGGUGUUGGUCAAACACAGUCGAGUACACAAAUAUCAUCAAGACUACUUCAAGACACUGCUUCACACAGGAACAAGACUACGCAGAAAUAUGUAUCAAAUGUUCCAGGGAUUUCAAAACCAGCUGCAGCCAAUCAGAACAAAGAGUUUAAAAAACCAUUAGAUGUUGCUCCAAGAAAUGUUGCAAAUGGUACAGUGAACGAAGGAAACAUCAAUAAAAAAACACAGCAGACUGAUUCUGCUCCAAAAUUUAAAGUCUCAGACAAAACCAAACCAAGAUCUAUGUCGAUGGAAACUUUAACCCAGAAAAAUAAAAACCAACCUAACCAGUCUAAAACCAUAGACUCCUCAAAGACAAACCAGUCAGAAAACCAGUCCAGCAGGUUUACUUCCUCACAGAGAGUUAACCAGUCAGGUGAAGGUCAGGACAGAGCCGAGGGUGAAGGUCACAACCUGAGUGGACACAGUCUGGAGGAGAUGGGGGACAUGGGAGCAGGAAGGAUUGUGACACAGGUUCAGAACACCAGCCCAGUCCCUGUAGACCAGCAUGAGCCAGUCGCAAACAUGGCCGACAAGGUGGACACGAGCCUGGACUACCAGGGUAUGGAGCAGGUGAGGAAGCAGCUACAAUCCAUGAUGAGGCUAUCCAACGCUCAGAUGUCCCCACAAGAGCGGAGCAAGUAUGAGCACUCUGACAUCCUGGCCGGGUUUGGUGUGGAGUUCGGGGAUCAGCCCAAAAAUGUAGACCUGUCCUGUUCACAAUUCAGGAAACCAGGGGAGGAUCUAGGUGAGACAUUUCCGUCAUUCACGUCACAGUAUUUCACGGGAGACAGCGGUAAUGUGUCCCGUUCUGACGCCUCCGUCCGUGCUGAGAACAUGCGUCUACGGGAUAUGGUGGAGAAAGAAAGAUACAGGAGAAAGCAUUGUGAACAGUACAUCCAGCAGCUUAAUGUCAAGUUGUUAGAGACCCAACAGCAAGUUGCUGUGGCGGUGUCCACUGACAAACGCAAGGACAUCAUGAUAGAACAACUAGACAAGCAACUAGCGCGGGUAAUGGAGGGUUGGCGGAGACGGGAUGCUGAAAAAGACGAGGUAGUAGCAGCAGCCGAGAGAGAUAAGGCUCAAAUAGAGGAGAAAAUGGUCAAACAACAGAAGAUGAUUAACAAUUUUGAACAUGACAUGUCGGAGGCUGUAGAUGCCCUCAGAAAGGAGAAGGAAACAGCUGGUCAGGAGAUUGAAGAGCUGAAAGCAAAGCUCCAUGACCAGCAGAGGCAGCUAGCUCACAUUGAAGAAUUACUAGACGGGGAGAGAGAGAAGUCUGAACUACUUCAACAAGAAUGUGAAGGGCUAAGAGAGGGGCGGACAACUCUGGACAAACAGCUGGACAACAUGCAGCGGCGGCUCCACCGGGAGCAAGAUGAGUGGUUUCAGAGAGAACAGGAACUGUUACAGAGGAUAGAGGAGGUUGGAGAUAAGAACACCAAGAUACUGCAGAUGGAGAGGGCUAAGAAUGAGGAACAGGGCAAGCUAGCUGAGGAAAUAAUGGACCAGUACCAGGCUUCAACCACACGUGUGAAGAAACUAGAGAUGGAAUUAGACGAUGCUCACAGGGAAAAGGAAAGCCUGAAAGUUGAGAUGGGGAUUAUGGAGGCCAAGUUUGAAAAUGCCCAGCGGGUCCUGGAGGCCGACCUGCACGCUGACAUGGAGAAACAGAUCUCAGAGCAGAUAGCGGAGGUACAGUCCCGAAAUGAGCAAACCCUUGAAGACCUCCAGGAGAGACACCGAGCCCAGGUCCUUGAGAUAAGCCAGCGACAUGGGGCAGAGUUGGAGAGACAACUUGCCCGGUUCCGAGAUGAACUUGCCAGGAAAGAGGAUGAGUUCCGUAAACAGUUCCAGGAACUGGAAUCAAGGUUGAUGGAAUACAGAAAUGAAAACGCUGACCUGAAGAGAACCAAACAGAAGCUAGAAUCUACUAGACUGGAGAUCCUGACAAAGCUGCAGUAUGCCAUGCAGAGUCAGUGGAAUGAGGCACUCUCCCUGUUGACUGCCACCCCACAAAGACAGACCACACAGAGCAGAACUGCUGGAGCAAGUGAUGCCAACACGUCAUCAAUGUCUGUUCCUGCUGUCAACUUCAGUCUGCUCAGCCCUAGGCCACAGCCAGCCAAUCAGACAACAGAAUCCAGCCAACUAGCCAAUCAGACAACUCCUCCCAGAAACCAAACAGCCAAUAGAAAUGAUUGUAACAAAUCAACCAAUGAUACUGAUCCAAAAUCCCUCUCAGCCAACCAGAUCAGCCCAGUUCAAAGAAAUCCAGCCAAUGGGGAUUAUGUUGCGAUGUUCAGUCCAGGAAAGGACAGUUUUGUUUCUCAUUCAACAGAAAAAGAACCUGAAGAUGUAUCCAUAGAAACAGCUGCUCUUUCACAUCUGAGGCAAUUCCAAGAUUAUAUGAACAGUUUCACAAAGACACCCGAUUGGAUCUCUACCAUUAACAGUCAACUUGACCUGUCUGGGUGCACCUCUGGAGUUCAAAGGGAGGGCUCCAUACAGGGGACGCCCCGGCUCCCCUCCCCACCUGAAAUAGCUGCUCUUCUCUCCACCCACCUCCAAAACAUACAGCAGCAACACAUGCCACAGCCUCCAAGGAGCACUGCUAAUACAACUGGCCAAUCAGUACACACCUCACAGCAGAAGCCAGCCAAUCAAAUGACUGGUUACAAUUCUGCAUUUAGUAGCCAAUCAGGACAGAGCUUUUCACAGUAUUUGGCCAAUCAACUAAGUGCUAACACUUCAAGCAUCUACAGUCAGUCGGGAAGUGCAUUUUCUCAACCUGCUUCACUAUCAGCCAAUCAAAACCAAGAAGGAAACUCGUCUAAAUGUUCAAGUCUGCCACCAAAUUUAAGCAGCAAGCCAAUAAAACAACAAAUACCUUUUAAUCCGACUGAGAUCCCACCUCAAAGUCAUCAACAGAUUGAAGUAUCUCACUCGAAUCUGGACCAGACGGAUAUUACAGUGUACAGUGAUGUAACCAAUCAAACAGGAGCAGAGGGUAGUGCAUUAUGGGAGGAAGCUCCUGGACUACCAAGAGCUGUCCCAAUAAGGCCCCCACAACAGGGUGAUGACCCCUACUUGAAUGACGACAACCAUUCUGUCAUGUCAGGUGUUUCGAUCGGUCCCAUCCGGGGUUACUUCCAGGGUGGACAGAGUUUUUCCCCACCCACCCGACAACACAGGGACAGUGAUAACAACUCCGUGGAUGAUCUAACUUCACAGUCUCACAAGUUAAAUGCUGACUACAGUGAGCUUUCUGUCCGUCUAGAUGAACAUGAGUCACAUCAGAAUGACCUCCAACACUACAUACAGAUGCUGCUAAGGAGAUCCCCAGGAGAGGCGGACGCCCAGCACAAUGAUUCCCUGUUCUCUCAAGAUGAGACAGACAUGAAUGACACAGCGCAGGCGGCCCAGCUACAGCGGGAGUUGGACCGAAUACAGGAACUGAGGCACCGACAAGAGAACAGACAAGGGGAGGGAGGGGCGCCAGGAGGGGGAGGAACAUCUGUGGGGGAACAACACACAGGAAGACCACAAGACAAGAUCCUGAGCCCGGACCAGCUAGCUGAGGUCACCAGGCUGUUGAAUCAAGUUAAAGGUCAGGGUCAAGCUGCAGGAGAAGGUCAACAGUCACCUAGCAACCCACAAGUCACAGAGCUUCUAGAACUGCUGAAGCACGCCCAGUUCGGUAAGGGAAGCCAUACAGGCAAAGGUCACCAUCCUGAUGCGGGCAGGAAAGCUGGGAAACAGACAGCUGGUUCCCACAGACCAGCGGCUCCCGGGAUUCGUCGGAAUGUGCAGUUUAACCCUGGCAAGGGUGCAGAGUCAAAACAGGAAGGAGGGAAGAGUGAAAAGGAUAAGGCCCCGUCCAGCUCCAGCAAGCCCAGCCAAUCAGCACAAGCCAAAAAGGUGGAACGGAAGGUCGCUGGGUCAGCUACUAAGGGGGAUAAAUCAAAUAAACCUGCUGCCUGGAAAUGAUAGCGGCCGACAGGGCUACCCUUAACAAUAUGAAAGUGGAAGUUUGAAUUUCCUUUCCUUCACUUUAAGUUUUAUUGUGAAUUUAGAAUAUGUACCAAAACAAAAACUAUACAAAAGUACAUUGAAACAAUCAAUUUUAUUUGAAACUAAUUAAAAAUGUGACAGUGAAACCAGAUUUUGAUAUCUUAAACUUCUAACCUUUCAUCUUUGGUCAUUUUAUCCCAAUGGUAGAAAGUUUCUGUACUUCCAAACAAUAAACUGGAAGUUUUAGCAGUUUUUAUGGUUAAUUAUUUCAAAACUUCCUUAAAAGGAAUCCUUGGGCUUGGUUCCCAGGGAGGGAGAGAAAUCAAAUGCUUACUGUUAUUGUCAGAGCUCUUAUUAUACCCCCCAAAACAAAGUUUGGGGGGGUAUACUGGAAUCGGGUUGUCCGUCUGUCCGUCUGUCUGUCUGUCUGUCUGUCUGUCUGUCUGUCCAUCUGUCCGUCUGUCCGUCCGUUUUUUUUGUCCGGGAUUCAUCUUUGUCGUUAUUGAACAAAUCUUUUUCAAACUUUCAGAUAUUAAUGGCCAUGAUGUAAACUUGCGCCUCUGUGAAAUUGGUACGGGUCACAUGACCCUGACCAGAGUUAUCUCCCCUUGAUGUGUUAAAGUAGGCAAAAUAAGCCCUGUCCGGGAUUCAUCUUUGUUAUUAUUCAACAAAUCUUUAUCAAACUUUCAGAAAUUAAUGGCCAUGUUGUAAACUUUCGCCUCUGUGAAUUUGGUACGGGUCACAUGACCCUGACUGGAGUUAUCUCCCCUUGAUGUGUUAAAGUAGGCAAAAUAAGCCCUGUCCGGGAUUCAUCUUUGUUAUUAUUCAGCAAAUCUUUAUCAAACUUUCAGAAAUUAAUGGCCAUGUUGUAAACUUUCGCCUCUGUGAAUUUGGUACAGGUCACAUGACCCUGACUGGAGUUAUCUCCCCUUGAUGUGUUAAAGUAGGCAAAAUAAGCCCUGUCCGGGAUUCAUCUUUGUUAUUAUUCAACAAAUCUUUAUCAAACUUUCAGAAAUUAAUGGCCAUGUUGUAAACUUUCGCCUCUGUGAAUUUGGUACAGGUCACAUGACCCUGACUGGAGUUAUCUCCCCUUGUAGGCAAAAUUAGCUUUGUCCGGCCUAACUCCAGGGCAAACAACCUAGACAUGGAGGGGUGGGGGGUAUUCGUUAGCCUAUGGCUUACAGUUCUAGUUAGUAGUGGAAUUGAUGUCAAAGUGUUUUUGUUUGAUUAACAUAAUAAAUGAAUCAUAUCAUUCUGUUUAACAGAUUUCGUGAGUUUAUACAUGAUCAUAUAAAUUGAGCUUUUUUGUCUCUUUUUUUCCAAGAAAAUAGUUAAAAAUGUUGUAACACUAUGUUAUUUGAAGAUGUGAACAUUAAUUUGCAAAUGUGUUUGAUCAAAUAUAAACAUAAUCUAACCAUAUUGACAUCGUAACCUUGCCAUUAAUGUCUUUAAUAUGUAUUAAAUAUUUACAGUGACUUUGUGCCAUUCAAACCUCCAGACUGGUGUAAAAGAUAAUAUUGCUGCAUUACUGUAUGUGAUAAAUAUAAAUGUAUGCAUUAUUUUCCAUUGAACUGUGAUUGUUCAUUGUGAGAAUGAAUAUUUUUUAAAAAAACAUGUGCUACUAAAUGUGUUCUUUGCUUUGAAUCUUAACAAUUGAAUGAUCUGUUGCACUUUUUGUCAAUAAAUAAGUUUUACCUGGAUAUAAUUUAUUGUAAAAAGGAUUUUUUACGUUUCCUUAUUUUUCUGCAUUUAUCUUGUGAGAUUUUUACUUCAUCUUUCUUUCCUUGACAUUCAAUGUUUCAUUCAUUGUAAGGAGACUAUUUAUUUAUUGCCAUCAUAUACCGAUUGUAAAUAUCUAUAUCAUCGCAUAAAUAGAUUUAAGCUUUAAAUAUGCGACAUGUUUUCCAUUCAUCAUUUAGUAUUACUGUGAUAUGUAAACCAUUUUGUUCCUUACUGAACGUUAACUUUUGUGUUGUGCUCACAUGGGUAUUUCUGUGGUCACUUAUUGGAAUAAAACCUGUGAAUUGA